AUGUACCUUGAAUUUGAUGAAGACUUUUACCAAAUUUAGAAUUAUGUCAAAUAAGUGAACUCAAAUCUUGUAGUGCUUCCUUAAGAUAAUGUAGAAUCUGAGAUUGAACUUUUCGAAAAAAUGAUUCUGCAAAUUAAAAUAUAUGGUUCAAAAAUUAUAGAGUUGUAUCAAUCAUUAGAUGAAAUAUGUCCAACUGAUAGAUAAAUUUAAGCCAUCAUUCCAUAAACCAAAUUAGAAUAAAUUGAUUAUGAUUAAGUUUGGUUGGCUCUUAAUAAAGGAUUUGUAAAUGAUACAUAUAAAGCAAUGGAUUUGAUGUAAUAAUUAGAUUAUACAAUCAAAUUGAAUUAAACAUAAUAAGCAAAAUUUAUAGAAUUCUUAUAAAUUACAUGUAGAUGUAAGGAUAGGGAAUUAGAAAAAUUAAGUCAAUUAUUUCAAAAUCAAUAUCCCGAAUCUUAUUUUAAAUAGAUUGAGUAUUUAACUGAGAUGCUUCAUUAAUAUAGUUAAAUGGUACCAUUAUUGGUAUAAGAAAAUGAAAACUUAAGAUAGGAAAUUGAAAAUACAAAAUGUAAUGAUAAUGAUGGAUAAAGUAAUGAAAUAAGUUAAUUACGGUAGCAUUUAUAGAAUAUAGAAAAACAAUUGACUGAAACAUAAUCUUAGAAUGAAUACUAUUAAUAAAUGAUAAAAGCAGAGGAAUAAGUAAGAUAAAAUAAAACACAAUUAUAAAUGUUAUAAAUUGAUAAUUAAGAUUUAUUAUUUAAAAAUAAUACACUUAAUGAAGAAAUUAAAAAUUAUUAAGAUUAAAUUAAGACUCAAAAUGAAAGUUUUGAUCGCAUGUAGAUAGAAUAUAAAAAGAUUAUUUAAAAGAAAAAUUAAUAAAUUUAAGAAUUAGAAGAAAAAAACAAUUUAGAUUUAACAAUUAAAGAUAAUAAUUUAGUAGAUAUAGAUUUAAUUCAAUAAAAAAUUUAGUAAUUUAAAUAAUUAUAUGAAUAAAAAAUAAAACAUUUAACUGGAACAAUUACUCAUUUAGAAUAAGAGAAUUUUAAAUUAAAAGAUUUAGUUAGAUCAUCAGCAUUAGAAGUGGAUAGUUUAAGAUUGUAAAUAGAAAAGAUUAUAUAAAGUAAUAAUAAAAAGACUUUAAAAUUACCUAAAAAAGUUUAAUAGGAUUAUGUUUAAGUAUAUUAUUAAAUUAUAUAUUAUAGUUAUAUCAAAAAUAUUAAGAAGUAGUAGAGAAAAAUGAACAAUUAAGUUAGCAAUUAUAUAGUUAAAUAUUAGAUGGUAGUGUAUUAUCACAUAUUUGA